GGGGUCCCAGCCAUGCUCAGCCGGCUGGGAGCGCUGCUGCAGCAGGCGGUGGAGACGCGGGAACCCAGCGUGGACCUGCUGCAAGCCUUCACUGAGCACUGGACGGGCAUCACCGGCUACUACCUGGAGGCCACAGACGAGAGCGUCCCGGCGCGACAGACGGACAUCCCGUGGCGCCUGCGGCAGAUGUUGGACAUCCUGGUGCACGAGGAGCGGCAGCGCCCGCCGGGGGACACGGGGCCGUGCCUCGAGUUCCUGCUGCAGCACAAGCUGCUGGAAACUCUGGGAACGCUGGGAAAGGCAGAGUAUCCCCCCGGCAUGAGGCAGCAGGUCCUGCUCUUCUUCAGCCGCCUGCUGGGGCAGCUGCAGCACCCGCUCCUGCACUACCUCAACGUGCACCGGCCCGUGCAGAAGCUGCUCCAGCUCAGCGGGGACCGCCUGGGCUCCGGCACUGAGAGGGAGGAGGUGCAGUUCACCGCCGUGCUCUGCUCCAAGAUCCAGCAGGAUCCCGGCCUGCUGCCCCACAUCCUGCAGGGAAAGAGCGUCCUGAACGGGAGGAGAGCCCCGGAGAGCCCCAGGACGGAGGGUUUGGAGCAUCUCUCGGGCACCUCUGCCAGCUCCAUGCCCAGGGCAGAGGGUUUGGAACAUCCCUCGGGCACUGGUGCCAGCUCCGAGCGUUUGAAGCAUCCCCCGGGCACCGCUGCCAUUUCUACCGCCAGGGAAGAGCAUUUGGAGCACCCUCUGGGCACCUCUGCCAGCUCCAUGCCCAGGGCAGAGAGUUUGGAGCAUCCCUUGGGCACCACUGCCAGCUCUGAACAUUUGGAGCAUCCCCUGGGCACCGCUGCCAGCUCCAUGCCCAGGAAAGAGAAUUUGGAGCAUCCCCCGGGCACCACUGCCAUUUCUACCCCCAGGGAGGAAGGUUUGGAGCAUCCCCCGGGCACCAAUGCCAGCUGCAUGCCCAGGGCAGAGCAUUUGGAUCAUCCCUCGGGCAUCGAUGCCGCCUCCCCUCCUGCCCAGCCCUCCCCGGCACGCAGGGACAGCAACCUCGUCACCUGCCUGGUGGCACUGUGCAGGAGCAAGAAGAGCCGGGUGGCGCUGAAGGCUCGGGAGAACGUGCUGCUGCUGGCGGGGCUGUCCCAGGAGGCAGCUGCCACCUGCCUGGCGCGGGGCACUGCCCUGUGCCAGCUGCUCGUGGGGCACCUCUGCGACCUCUACAGCGCCGUGCCCGCCGGCACCGACCCUGCUGAUGUCCUCGGCAUGGACAGGGCCAGCUGGAGGUCGCAGGGGGACGGCGCUGGGGACGGGGGGUUCCCGGGCAAGGAGAGCCUGGCAGAGUUCCUGGGCUGGCUGGAUUUCCUGGAUGAGCUGGUGAUGGGUGCCCACCCGCUCGUGGCCGAUGCCAUCAGCCAGGCCGUGGAGGAGAAGUUCUUCCAGGGCACCCUGCAGCCGCAGCUCCUGCAGAUGUCGGAGCUGGCCGUGCUGGGCGCCACGGCCGUGCUGGCGGGCACGGUGAGGCAGCUCCGCUCUCCCGCCCUGCUCCACCGCCUGGUCCUGUUCCUGCUGGGGCCCCACCGGCACCCCGAGACCCCCGGGGACGCCCCCCAUGCCCUGAGGGCGCAGCUCAUCGAGCGCUGCGACCACCUGAGCGACGAGAUCAGCCUGGCCAGCCUGAGGCUCUUCGAGGAGCUGCUGAGGAAGCCCCACGAGCACGUGGCUCACAACCUGGUGCUGAGGAACCUGGAGGCCAGGGCGUACCUGCAGCGCGGCGCCGAGGAGCGCGGGCCCCCCGAGACGGACCCCGAGGAGGACGGGCUGGAGCUGGAGGAGGAUCCCUAUUUCACCGAUGGAUUCCCUGACGGCUUUGGGGUGACAAAAAAUCCUUCACCAGCAUCCACCCCGUCGGGGAAGGGGCGGGUGAGCGAGGUGGUGAGCAGCUUCCUGUGCCUGGUCCCUGAGGAGGCCAAGACCUCAUCGUGCAUGGAGGAGGGCGGAUACGACACCUACGUGCACGACGCCCUGGCCAUGGUGCAGGCGUGCCGUGCCAGCGCUGCCCCGUGGGGGUGGCCCUCGUGCCCCCGGCCCUGGUCGUGUCACUGCUGUCACCCCAUGGUGGCGUUUUACGAGGGACAUUUCCUCAAGGUGCUGUUUGACAGGAUGAGCCGGAUCCUGGAUCAGCCCUACAGCCUGAACCUGCAGGUGACCUCGGUGCUGUCCCAGCUGGCCGCCUUCCCCCACCCCCACCUGCACGAGUACCUGCUGGACCCCUACCUGAGCCUGGCCCCCGGCUGCCGCUCGCUCUUCUCCGUCCUUGUCAGGGUGAUCGGGGAGCUGAUGCAGCGUCUCCAGCGCGUGCCCCACGCCAGGGCCAAGCUGCUCCUGGUGCGCCGGCAGCUCCUGGGGCUGGUGCCAGGCGAGCAGAUGGAUCACACCGUGCUGCUCAAGGCCGUGGUGGUGCUGGAGGAGUUCUGCAAGGAGCUGGCGGCCAUCGCCCUGGUCAAGGGGCCACCCGAGGGGCCACCCUGAGCCCUCGCCGAGCUCCCCCUCUUGUGGUGGCCCUGCCCACGUCCCGGUGGCU